GCUUGUGUCCGUCGUGAACGGCGUCCAUAUUACUAGCGCUCAUACACACACUCUCACACGCACACGCACACACACACUCUCUCUCUCGUGCACACACAGGGAGUCCAUCCCGUGUUCAUAAAGACUGCCGCCAUGUAGCCUGGUUAUAACGAGACUUCAUUUAAUGAAUGAACAUUUUUAUUCAGCUUGACAAGGAUUUUAGUUGCUGAAUCGUGUGAUAUAACAAUGGUUUGCUCAUGCUAGUUAGCUACACUGCUAGCUAGCUAGCUGGCCGGUGAAUUUAUAAAGCUAGCUGGUUAGCUAGCCGUCCUGCUAAAUGCUAACCGUACAUAAUAGCCUCUGCCUUUAGAUGUUAGCAUAACAAGAUGGUUGCUAACAGGGGUGGCUAAUGCGGCAGAACCCUGUUCCAGCAUGUCAGAAACUUUGAAAUAUGUGGACGAUGAACACAAAACAAUUUUCCUGAAGAUUUUGAACGAGCAGAGACUAGAAGGCGAACACUGUGACAUAGCCGUGGUGGUCGAAGACGUGAAGUUCAGGGCACAUCGGUGUGUGUUAGCAGCUUGCAGCAAUUACUUCAAAAAGCUUUUUAAAAAGCACGAGGUGGACAGCUCAUCGGUCAUUGAGAUCGACUUCAUCCGCUCUGACAUCUUCGAAGAGGUGCUGAACUACAUGUACACGGCUAAGAUUUCUGUUAAGAAAAAAGAUGUCAAUUUAAUGAUGUCGUCCGGACAAAUACUCGGAAUACGAUUUUUGGACAAGCUGUGCUCUCAGAAACGCGACAUGUCCUCUGAGGAGAAAAACGACCAUAAAACCGCCAAAUAUCCCUACGACCUUGUGAAAAUCGGACUUCAACCGGAUGAGCCCCAGUUAAAUCAAGACAGUGAUGUCCAGGUCAUUGGCGACCAAGACGACGCUCCAUCUGACGAUAUUGUAGAGGAGCCUCAAGGCAAUCACGAUCUAGACAAAUCACCCAACAGUGCCCUGCGAGUGGAGGAGGCAACUUCACUUUUGAAAGAACUAACCCAGGAGGAAGUACACAAGGUUGCGUGUUAUGAUCAGGAUGUGGAAGCUCUGGACGCUGAGCCCAAAGAGCUUGCCGCUCACACCCAGACCCUUGCGUUUGCUGACAGCAUGGGGGACGUUAAGGAUGAGCAAGCUCCUGGAUGGAGCACGGCUACUGCAGACAUGAAGCUUGAAUACCUUCUGUACGGCCACAGGGACCAGUUCGCCUGCCAGGUUUGCGGGAAGACCUUUGUGGACGAGAACCGGCUGAGGAAACAUGAAAAGCUGCAUUCUGCCGAGAGACCGUUCAUAUGCGAGAUAUGCACCAAAGCCUUCACCACGCAGGCCCACUUGAAAGAGCAUUUAAAAAUCCACACUGGCUUCAAACCCUACAGAUGCGAAGACUGUGGCAAGUCUUUCAUCCGCGCCCCAGAUCUGAAGAAACACGAGAGGGUACACAGCAACGAGCGGCCCUUCAACUGCCACAUGUGCGAGAAAGCUUUUAAACACAAGUCCCACCUGAAGGACCACGAACGGCGACACCGGGGCGAAAAGCCUUUCAGGUGUAGCUCCUGCACCAAGGCUUUUGCUAAAGCGUCCGAUUUGAAGAGACAUGAGAACAACAUGCACAGUGAGAGGAAGCAGCUGUCUGCGAACAGCUUGCAGAGUGAGACUGAACAGCUGCAAGCGGCCGCGAUGGCAGCAGAGGCAGAGCAGCAACUGGAAUCCAUAGCAUGCUCAUAACAUAACGUGUGUGUGUGUUCAAUACACUCACACUGAUGCACUGUAGAACAAUCUUUUCUUACCUAUUUCAAUAUGGUAAACAGAUGCAGUCUUAUUGGUUUGGUCUUGUUUUAAGUUCAUUUUUUUUGAACGAUUAGAAUAUCAGAUAGUUUAUUAAUUUUAGAAAGAUACGUUGAUUAACACUGUUGGACGAAUUUUUUUUAUUAUUUUCUUCCAGAUGUAAAUGGUGCAAGAUGUUUUUUUUUUCUCACUGUAAACUUCAUACCAAAUGUAUUUGAGUAUUUGUGGCAGUGCAAUGGACAGUGAAUUGUACUGACUUACACGUGUUGAUACAGUACACAUGCACAGUGCCAGUUUUGCUAAGAAAACAGACUUAUCAAAAUGCUGAUGAAAAAUCAUGUCUUUGAUGGUCAGUCUUUCCAUCAACUAUCUUACAAGAUGAAAAGAAGAUUUAGCUUAUUGAUAUUUUUGCUGUAAUAAAAAGAAGGCAUUUCCAAAAGUGCA